GUUCCUGGCUUUUUCUCCUUCUCAAAUUGGAAAGCUCACUUUUCCCGGUCCCGGACCCGCCUGCUGGCUCGCCCCAUGGUGAAUGGGAGCAGCCAGAGAGCGUGUCCCGAAGAGAGGGACACCAAGAAUGAGUGAUCGAGCAAGGUGGGGGUGACACCAACGUGAAUGUCCUCCACUGCUCUUCACCCAAGGAAUCCAGCUGCACUUCAGUCUUCCAAGAUUUUUGCUCUGUGCUAUGGGAGAUGUCAGAGAACCAAAAAUGCAAAUAACACCGGAAACUCCAGGAAGGAUCCCUGUUUUAAAUCCUUUUGAAAGUCCUGGUGAUUAUUCUAAUCUCCAUGAACAAACUCUCUCCAGUCCUUCUGUUUUUAAAUCAACAAAAUUACCAACUCCAGGGAAAUUUAGAUGGUCUAUUGAUCAACUAGCUGUAAUAAAUCCUGUAGAAAUAGACCCGGAAGACAUUCAUCGUCAAGCUUUAUACUUAAGCCAUUCUCGAAUAGAUAAAGAUGUGGAAGACAAAAGACAAAAAGCCAUUGAAGAGUUUUUCACUAAGGAUGUCAUCGUACCCUCUCCUUGGACUGAUCAUGAAGGGAAACAGCUUUCAGAGUAUCAUUCCAGUAAAUGUAUUAACAUAAAUAAUGAAUCUCUUAUUGGAAGACAGCCGACCAGUGAUUCUGAGAAAAGCAAUGCUGCUUGUCAGACUUUGCUGUCUCUUCCUGUGGAUUUUAAUUUAGAAAAUAUAUUAGGUGACUAUUUUAGAGCUGAUGAAUUUGCAGAUCAGUCUCCUGGCAACCUCAGUUCUUCAUCCCUCAGAAGAAAACUAUUUUUAGAUGGCAGCGGAAGUAUCUCUGAGUCCUUACCUCCAUCGUCUCCCAGAAGUCCUCGCAGUGGUGCUCAAGCAUCACUUGAGGUUUUCUGUUCGAUAGAUUUAUCUCCUGUACAGUGUAGGAGCCCAGUGCAGACACCAAGUUCGGGGCAGUUUUCUUCCAGCCCUAUUCAGGGUAGUGCAAAAAAAUACAGUUUGGGAAGUAUAAACAGUCCUUCACCUAUUUCUUCACCCACUUUCUCACCAAUUGCAUUUAAAAUAGGAAAGACACCACUCUCAGAACAAAGGAGGUUUACUUUGCACUCUCCUGAUGCUUCGUCUGGAAUACAUUCUAAUGGAAUUUCUAAUCAGUGUAUCAGGAGUCCUUAUAUAGAUGGCUGCUCACCAAUUAAAAAUUGGUCUCCUAUGAGACUUGAGAUGUACAGCGGUGGUACUCAGUAUCGGACCUCGCUGAUUCGGAUACCUUUUACUCUGGGGGCUCCCAGUGAAGACGAAGAAGAUAAAGCGAGUAUGCCUUCCACGGCUGCCUCGUCACCCGCCAUGGAAACUGCUGGAGGCCACCCGAGGCAGCUGAGAGGUGACGCUUCUCCAUGUGGCACACAUGUGCUAGUGACCGCCAUGUCUGUGACACAGAAUCAGUCCGGUGCAGCUGCGAAAGGCUUAGCACUGCUGCAGGAGGCUGAGAGUGAGGAGAAUAACACUGUGGAUAUGGUGGAUCCUAUAGAGACAGCAGAUGAGAACACCUGGACUAAGGAGCCACUUGACAAUGGCAGUUUACCCAUGACUGACUCUGUGAGUGGGAUUGCCUUCAGCAUUGAGAGCUCUCAUAUGUGCAUGUCGCCUCUGGCAGAGAGCAGUGUCAUUCCUUGUGAGAACAGUAACGUUCAGAUGGAUAGUGGCUAUAAUACACAGAGCUGUGGAAGCAACAUUAUGGAUACGGUUGGGGCAGAAAGUUACUGCAGAGAGAGUGAUGCACAAACCCUGGAAGUCGAGAGUAAAUCUCACGUUUUCAAUAGACAGCAAAACCAUACAACGCAGAGGUGUUGGAUGAAAACAGCAAAUCCUUAAUGGAGCAGUCCACGGAGUUCCUUUCAGAACCAGACUUG